AUGAAUAUAUUUUUUCGCGAGAAAUACAUAAAAUACGGAUGUUUUUUAAUGUAUUAGCUGAUGAAAUGUCCUGGGAAAGUGAAUUAAUACUACAAUUUACCUUAAUCGAUGCUGUUCACGCAAAUCAUUUAUUGAUAAAAUAUAAAAAAAUUUAACAAUAGUUUGCAAAUGUAAUUUUAAAAAUGUCUCUCUACUUUGAUACUCGGGUACAAAAUCCUGAAGCAUCCUCGGUCAGUACAUUUGUUUCGUGGCAUUUUAACCUGCCGUUUCUUGCGGUUGCUGCCUACUCUCAGGACAAGGGUGGAUUCGUAACGGUUUACGAUGACCAGGGUGAACUUUUACCAGAUGUAGAAACUUCCGGGCACUCUGUUGCUCAAGUCACUGCUUUAGCAUGGCACCCUGAAAGAAAAUGGUUAGCGGCUACGUGGGAAAGUGGAGAAUUAAGGAUAUGGGCAGGAGAUACAGGCUCCAGUGAGUUCAAUAUAAUAGUUACACCUCAUAGAGAUCCAGUGACAAUACUACAAUGGAGUCAGUAUGGUGGUCGACUGGUAUCGGGAGAUAUAGCAGGCUCAAUUGUAGUCUGGAAGUUAGAUGGAAGAGGACAAUUACUCAUGAUGUUUCAUCACGAAUUGAAACAGUCAUUAACUCAUAUUGCAUUCAAAAUUUCUCCUCCAAAACCUGGUGUUGAUAUGAGUGGACUAGCAAAAGCAGCAGUAGCAGGAGAUGAACGAGCACUAGACCUAUUCAGUUCUUGGCGACCAAGAACAGCAGCUCCUACUGCAGUAUCUAUUCAGCGAGACAAUCAUGCUUUUUAUAUUGGUACAGUCAAUGGCAUUGUUUAUUACAUUGACAAUCAAGGACAAUGUCUUCAAGUGCUGAAUAUGGAGGGAUCUGCUUUGCACUCUCUGCUUCACCAUCAAACCAGAGAGUCUCUAGUGAUUAUGAGCGAGGGUCUAAACAUUGGACACUUUCAAUGUGAUUCUGUUACUGGUCAUCUUACAGAAUUAACAAAAGUAAAACUCAGUGGCAGAAGUGAUACAACAAAAACUGGACCAUCCUUAUGUUGGGCUGGUAUAAAUACACUUGCAAUUCUAACAGGAGAACUGAUGGUAAGAAUGUGGGAUCUCCACACUGGAGAUACUUACGUCCUAACUCCAACAGAAAGUUCGAUUAGUGGAAGUUUAACUACACCAAAGGAAGUUUGUACCAGUUUAUCAUACUGCAAAACUAACGAUACACUGGCUGCUGGGAUAAAUUUAGGUACAAUAUACCUGUGGAAGCGUAAAAUUCGAGGCUUAGAAAGUGACGAAAACUCGUGGCCCACGUCACCGGAUUGUUGCUCCAUUCACGGUACAGUGAAGCAAAUAACAUGGGGCGCGAUACUACUUCGAAGUCCUUUAUUGGCCGUCAAUUGCGUUACGAAUGUCUAUAUUUUACAUCAGCAACCGAUGUGUGCAGCUUACAACGAUAGUGUUUGCGCUAGUCAAAUUAGUCCGUCACAGUUACUCAUUGAAAUGCAAGAACCUGCGGAACAGACAUUUACGUUGAAAACCGACAUUCAAGUGCAAGUGGUUGCGGUAAACAAAAAUUACGUUGCUGUUUCAUCCGGUAGACACAUCGCAGUCUACAAAGUCAGUGGAGACAUGCAGCCAACUGUACUGAUGAGCUUUGUUUGUGAUACUGAAAAAUUGUUAAUCCACGAUGCUGUUUUAAUAAUUUUAACGCCGCAGGUAAUUCAAUUACGAUCAAUCGAAGAAGGAACGAUAAUUCAAACUCUACCAACCCUUCCGGAAGAAGGCGAACCGAUUACAAUGGAAAUGACGGACGACUACUUAACAGUAGCGUCACUUAACGGUAUCUUAAAAAUUUGGGAUUUGAGCAAGAGAGAAGCCAAGCUGCAUACUAGAGCUAUGGCUACUUACGAGGCAAUUAGCGAUUUUGCUGAAAUUAUCGAGGCAAGAUGUAAUUCCGAUUGCAGAUAUGUUUCCAUUACCGUUGCUAUGGCUAAUCUGAUGCCAAGCUCUAUUUUGUAUGUUUGGGAUAUCGAGAGCGAUCAGAUUCACGAGUUUGAUUUUGCGGACGUUGAUAACGAUGAUGAAACGGCUUUAGCUACAAAAUGCAGAGGUAGAUUAGUGACGUCGCAUUGUUGGGAUAAUGAUGAUCCUCGAUUGCUUAUCUGCAGAGCUCAAAAGCCAGAAAGUUUGAAUUCGAAGUCAUCUAGCGAACUUACCGAUGAUCAUGAAAUUACAAACGUCGUAUUAGUUACAAUGUUUGCCACCUCCGAGUAUGGGAUUAUAGUUCAAGAUGUACGACCUGUAAAAGACGAUAAUUGCCGUCUUUUAGGUGUCCAAUCACCAUACAUCGUCAUACUCGAUUCGACGAAAACCAGCGGCAAUAAAACUGUCCGACUACUGAUGCGGGAUUUCGAGGAGCUUGGAGCUUGCGAUACAGCGAUCAAAAGGGCAAUACUUGAUUUUUGCUUUUACUUGAGCGUUGCUAAUAUGGACGAAGCUUUCAAGGCUAUAAAAACAAUACAAAACGAAGCUGUGUGGAAAAGUCUGGCAAAAAUGUGCGUAAAGACGAAACAACUAGACAUGGCAAUGCUUUGCUUGGGGCACAUGAAGCAGGCCAGAAGCGCACGUGCAUUGAGAGAAGCUGUACGAGAUAAUAGUUUGAGCUUGGAAGCGAAAAUCGGGAUACUCGCUGUCGAGUUGGAACUCUACACUGACGCAGAAAAAUUGUUUCGCGAAGCGAAAAGAUUGGAUCUUUUAGGUUCUCUGCUCGAAGCUCGAAAUCAAUUUAAAGAAUCGAUCGAGCUUGCGAGUAAUGAAAACAAGAUACGUGAGAAAACAAGUUACUACAACUACGCCAAAGCCCUCGAACUCGAAGGGAGAACGAAUGAAGCCAUCGAUAUGUACACUAAAGCCGAUUGCCACAGAUUCGAAGUACCUCGUAUGCUCCUCUCAACGCCCAGAGAGCUUCAAAACUAUCUUAACAACAGCGAUGACCUUGAAAUAAAGAACUGGCAUGCGCAAUACACCGAAUCAACUAAUGACAUGGAGACAGCAUUGAAACUUUACGAGCAAGCCAAGGAUACUCUUUCAAUGACUCGAUUACUCUGUUUCUUUAAUCGUGAAAGCGAUGCUUGCGAUAUGGUUACGAGGACCAAACAUGCGGCUUCUGCAUAUCAUCUAGCGGCGCAUUAUGAGUCAAGAAAUAAUAUCAGCCAAGCAGUUCACUUUUAUACGAUGGCUAAAGCUUACACAAAUGCUAUCCGAGUUUGCAAAGAGAACGACAUGCUCGAGGAAUUGUGGCCUCUGGCAAUGAUGGCACCAAGAGUCACACAGAUUGAUGUCGCUAAGUAUUACGAGGAUAUCGAUCAGGCGGAUAAAGCAAUAUUGCUGUACCAUAAAGCAGGUCUUUUGAAAAAAUCACUCGACCUGGCAUUCAAAAAACAACAGUAUAAUGCAUUGCAAUUGAUAAUAAUGGACGUGAAUGCUGACUCAGAUCCGGAGCUCAUUGAAAAAUGCGCUGAAUAUUUCGUGCAGAAUGCACAAAUAGAAAAAGCCAUCGAUUUGUUGGCCAGUAGUAAAAAGUAUAAUGAAGCAUUGACGCUUAUUCAUGACUACGAUAUUGUUCUCACCGAAGAACAAGCGGAAAAGAUGACUCUAGAGAAACCAGAAAAAGAUCUCGAAAAGGAGAGCGCUCGCAUAGCAAUUCUCGAAAAAAUCGGUGAUAUAGCAUUAAAUCAAGGCAAUUACCAUUUGGCUACGAAAAAAUUCACACAGGCAGGUAACAAGCUGCGAGCGAUGAAAGCCCUUCUAAAAUCUGGCGACACAGAGAAGAUUUGUUUCUUCGCGCAGGUCUCGCGUCAACGAGAAAUCUACAUAAUGGCUGGGAAUUAUUUGCAAUCACUCGACUGGCAGAAUCAGCCCGAUGUCUUAAAAAACAUCAUCAGCUUCUACACCAAGGGAAAGGCAAUGGAUUUGUUAGCAAAUUUUUAUGUUGCUUGUGCACAAGUAGAGAUUGAUGAAUUUCAGAAUUAUGAGAAAGCUCUUGAUGCUUUGAAUCAAGCUAGCAGAAAUUUAGCUGAAGUCACUGAUCCAAGAGAUAAGGAUAUGCAUAGGAGAGCUGUUGAAAUUGUGAAUAGUAGAAUGGCCACCAUUAAGCGAUACUUGGAGAUUAAAAAAUUAUUUGACAGAGGAGAAACGGAGACAGCAAUGACCCAUGUUCGUUAUCUGCUAGACUCACAAGGCAGCGAUCUCGAGCAGUCAAUUCGUCGUGGCGACUUGUUUGCCAUAGUAACACAACACUACGCGAAUAUAGGAGAUUUAGACAAAGCGCGAGCUUCAAUUGAAGAAUUAAAACGAUUAGUGCCUGGUAUUAAUUUAAGCUACUAUUACAAUGUAAAUUUGCUCGAAAAGUUAGGUUUUAAAUUACACAUUGAAAAAGAAGAAUCAUCUGACCGAGAAGAUGAUAUUGAGGAGUUAUUAGGAGAGUAAUAUAUAAUGAAACUGUAUGUGACAUUUCAUUAAUCACAGUAACUGUUCCGUCCAUAAAGUAUUAAAUAAAUUUACUUAGA